AAAGUCAGAAGCUUUAGCAGAGCUGAAAACGAAGAAGCAGAAGAGAAAAUGAAGCUCAAAGUAUACGCGGAUAGGAUGUCACAGCCUUCCCGCGCAAUUUUGAUCUUCUGCAAGGUCAAUGGUAUAGAGUUCGAGGAGGUGCAAAUGAACUUAGCCAAACGCCAGCAAUUGUCUCCUGAAUUCAAAAAGAUAAACCCUAUGGGACAAGUUCCCGCUAUCGCUGAUGGGAAGUUUAAUCUGUUUGAGAGUCAUGCAAUUCUCGUCUAUCUUGCUUGUGCGUUUCCUGGAAUAGCAGAUCAUUGGUAUCCUGCUGAUCUUUUCAGGAGAGCUAAAAUCAACUCAGUGUUGGAUUGGCACCACUCCAACUUACGCCGUGGUGCAGCGGCAUAUGUUCUCAAUACUGUACUUGCACCUGUGCUUGGAAUUCCAGCGAGUCCACAAGCAGCUGUUGAAGCUGAGAGGCUUUUGUCUGCCUCUUUGUCAAAAAUAGAGUCUAUUUGGCUUAAAGGGAAUGGGAAGUUCUUGUUGGGUGGCUUUCAACCAUCCAUAGCAGAUCUCAGCCUGGUUUGUGAAAUUAUGCAACUUGAGCUUUUGGAUGAGAACGACCGCAGUAGGAUACUUGACCCGCACAAGAAAGUUCUACAGUGGAUUGAGAAUACAAAAAAUGCGACAAGACCUCACUUUGAAGAAGUACAUCAAAUACUCUACAGAGCCAAAACUAGAUUUCAAGAGCAGCGGUCGAUGGGAGCAAACAAUACCAAUUCAAGCAAAAGUUCUUCAACAACAGAGAACAGCAUACAACACUAACGGAGGAUGCUGCCAUUGCAGCUCCUGCAAUCCACGGUGGUAAUCUAAACCUGGUGGAAGGAAAAAGGACUCCUGCAGCUAUCGGGAUUCCAAGCACAUU